UCUUUCGGGAUACUUUUUAAUUGGUUACUUUUAAGUUCAUACCUUUCGGCACUUCGGCGAGUAGCAAAGACGCAAGGUCGCAGUCGCAGAGACGCCAGAGAGUCCACACCCGCCGCCCGCCCUCCGACUGCCGCUUGCCGCCGCUUCCUGGUAGUCUGCUUCUCACUUCUCUGCUUCUGGGUGCUCUGUCUGCCUUAUGCUAAUCGCCCCAGGCAGCAGGUUGUAUUAGUCGCAAGCAGAUAGUAGAGUAUGGCCAAUGAAGACAAUCAAUCUCGAAGAGAACGCAGGAAGGAAGCUCGGUUAUCAAAGAAAAAGAAGAAAUUUGAUUGGUGGAUCCAAUAUCAUCAAAAAUCAUUGAAGCAUGACAAGACAGAACAGGGGAUGGUAGUCCCAAAGAACAGUAUGGAUUUGCUCCAGGAGUCUGAUAGUGAACCAGACCAUGGCAUUCACAGGCAUGAAAAAGAUAAUAUGUUUUCAAAAAUAACAGUUGAAAGGAAACCAAGAAUUAAGGGUGCCGAAUUGGGGAGUGAUGGUGAUAUUAAUGCAGCUGGUGAAUUACAAGAUUCUCCUAUGGCUAUAAAGAGUCACACUUCAGGCAAGGUAGACAUGAAAAAGCAAUCGUCUGAUGAGAAUGUAGUGGAUGCAAAUUCUCUGUCUGCUAGUUGCAACAACUCUACUAAUAAGACAUAUGAAGUUGUUGGAUCAAAAGAGUCGACCAAGAGAAAAAGAAAAAAAUCAAGGCUUGAAGAGUUGCUUGAUUCAGAAAAUGGUGCAAUUCCAGCGGAUGAGGAUCUUGCUUUGGAGAAGAAGCUUGCAAAGAAGCUCAAGGUGAAGAAAGGGAAACUAAAAGGAGAUGAUGAUGGGUUUAACAUGUUAUUUGAUGACAUGCCAUCUGUUCUUGAAUUGAUUGAGGAUGAAAAACUCAAAACUGCAGAAAAAGGUGCUUUAAAGACCCCAGACAAAAUGUUGCAUAUAAAAUCAAAAAGCGUCAAGUUAAUCAAACAAAAACAGGUCAUAGAAGGAGAGCACAAGCAGGAUCAACGAUCCGUAAAGCUAACUGACAAAGCAUCUUCCCUACCACCAACUUCUGGUAUUGGUGCGGAACCUGGAAAACUUUCUGCUCAAUCUGCUAUUGGAGGAAAUGCAGCAUAUAUUGCUCCACACAGAAGGUCUAAAAUGGGAAGUGAAUCACAGGAGAACGCUCAAAUUCGUAGACAAGUCCGAGGCCUCUUGAAUAGGCUAUCUGAAUCAAAUGUGGAAUCAAUCACAAGUGAAAUGUCUACAAUCAUUCAUACAGUUGGUCGCUCUCUUGGUUCAUUGAUUAUUUCUGAAGAGGUUUUGACUUCAUGUUCUGGAGGUCCACGUGCAAAUGAACAAUAUGCAGCCGUUUUUGCGGCUUUUGUUGCUGGGAUGUCUUGCUCAAUUGGUAUUGACUUCAGUGCUAAGGUUCUAGCUUCUCUGGCAAAACAUUUUGAGGAAGAGUAUCAGAAAGAGGACAACAUGUCACUGCGGAAUCUGACUCUUCUUUUUUCAUACUUGUAUAUAUUUGGAGUUUUCUCUAGUGAUUUAAUAUACGACUUCUUGGUAAUGCUGAGUACGAGAUUGACAGAAGCCGAUGUUGCUACUAUUUUAGCAGUCCUACAAUCUUGUGGAAUGAAAUUGAGAGCGGAUGAUCCUAUUGCUAUGAAGAAUUUUAUAACUAGCAUUCAGAACCGGGUUAAUGAAUUGAAGAUCUUAUCUAAAGAUGCACAAUCCAGUCUUAAGAGCAAAAGGAUGGAUUUCAUGGUUCAAACAAUAUGUGAAAUAAAAAACAACAAAAAGAGGCCCAAGGAGGAAACUGUGCAGCUUACUCGUAUAAGAAAAUGGCUACAGAAGCUGAGGGUGGAUGAUAUUCUACUUCGGGGAUUAAAGUGGUGCAAGCUUAUCGACCCAGAUAAAAAGGGUCAGUGGUGGUUGUCUGGGGACGUGAAUGUAAAUUCCGAUCAAAAGAAUGUUCAGGAUGUUGCACAAUCAAUUGAUAUGGAGGUUCUUGAGGCUAAAAAAAUGCUACAGCUUGCUGCUGAACAGAGGAUGAACACAGAAGGAAGGAGAGCAAUUUUUUGUGUAAUUAUGAGCGGAGAGGAUUACAUUGAUGCAUUUGAGAAGCUUUUGAGAUUGGACUUGCCUGGGAAGCAGGAUAGGGAGAUCAUGCGUGUUCUUGUGGAGUGCUGCUUGCAGGAGAAGGCAUUCAAUAAGUAUUACUGUGCAUUAGCAUCUAAGUUAUGCAGGCACGAUAAAAACCACAAGUUCACUCUGCAGUAUUGCCUUUGGGACCAUUUCAAGGAAUUGGAGUCGAUGCAGCCGAUGAGAUCAAUGCACCUCUCUAAAUUCAUCGCGGAGAUGCUUUCCUCUUUUACCCUUUCUCUUUCUGUCCUGAAGGUUGUCGAUCUGGGUGGUAUUACAUCAUUAACCCCUAAGAAGAUUAUGCACUUCCGGAUGCUUUUUGAGGCCAUUUUCGAGUUCUCAGAUGAACUUGUAUGGAACAUCUUCAGUCGGUUAGCUUCGCCAGAGCACGAAACCCUUUGUAACGGGAUUGUCAUAUUUAUAAGAGAGUAUGUUCUAUCUGGUGGUAAGAAGUCCUUGGCUGGUAAAUUUAAGAUUGCCAAGAAGGCUCUUAACAAUGUUGAAGGGGUAUUAAUGUGAGCAUUGUCAUAUUUAUAAGAGAGUAUGUUCUAUCUGGUGGUAAGAAGUCUUUGGCUGGUAAAUUUAAGAUUGCCAAGAAGGCUCUUAACAAUGUUGAAGGGGUAUUAAUGUGAGCAUUUGACUGGUUUUGAUGCAGCUUUUUAUGUAGGAUGAAAUGAUAAAUAGUGAAAACAGCACAGGAAAAUUUUGUUGAGUUAUGCAUUGAGCACAUUUUGCUAUAAAAAAAUGAAUAGUGAAGCUGUUUUCUGUAAUA